GCGAGGGAGAGCCUUGACUCCUCUCUGAGGAGACAUGGAGUCCCAGGGGGAUGCUGGGAUUGUGGGGCUGCUAGCUCCCAGUCCACAGAGCGAGGCGGUCACCCACGAGCUGGAGGUGCUGUCCCUGCAACCCAGCCAGAACCUUCCCCCGCUCAACGAACGCAAGAACGUGCUCCAGCUCCGACUCCAGCAGAGACGCACUCGCGAGCAGCUGGUUGACCAGGGCAUCAUGCCACCCCUGAAGAGCCCGGCGGCGUUCCACGAGCAGAUUCGGAGUCUGGAGAGAGCCAGGACGGAAAAUUUCCUGAAGCACAAGAUCCGUAGCCGGCCAGAGAGGGCUGAACUUGUCCGCAUGCACAUCUUACAGGAAACCCACGCUGAGCCAUCACUGCAGGCCACUCAGCUGAAGCUGAAGAGAGCUCGUCUGGCCGACGACCUCAACGAGAAGAUUGCUCAACGACCUGGGCCCAUGGAGCUGGUGGAAAAGAACAUCCUGCCCGUGGACUCCAGCGUGAAAGAAGCAAUCAUCGAUGGUCAGAUGCAGUACCCUAAAACCCUGGAUGUCUAUAUGUUUGACGAGGACAGUGGUGAUGCCCUUUCCCCUGAGCAGCCUGCCAGUCAGGAGUCCCAGGGAUCAGCUUCCUCCCCUGGAGAGGCCCGAGCCAUGGAGGUCCUCUCUCCACUCCCCAACAAUUUACUGACGCACUGUCCUCCAGUAACACAGGCUCCAAGUGACUUCCUUAAACCUCUCUCCACCAAUGAGCAAUCAGUCAACACUUCAGCAGCCCCGCCCACACCAGUCACAACUGUACCUCCCUCAAAGCCUGGGCCUACACUGGUCAAGCAAAGCCAGCCCAAAGUACCAAGCGACAAGAGCCGUAGCAAGAAGAGCAAGGAGGCCAAGCCGCGAGUGAAGAAACUCAAGUACCAUCAGUAUAUUCCUCCGGACCAGAAACAGGAACCCAACGAGACCCAUAUGGACUCUUCUUAUGCACGGUUACUACAGCAACAACAGCUCUUCCUGCAGCUGCAGAUCCUGAGCCAACAGCAGCAGCAGCACUACAACUACCAGACCAUCCUGCCUGCUCCCCUCAAGCCUAUGUUGGAAGGUCAGAACAACAGUGCCACAGUAGCCAUUAACAACACCAAUAGCUUGCCAACGUCUAUUGUUGUGUCUCUGCCUACGGCCGCGACAGUGCGGCCAAAUAACACUGUUACCAACCGUAAGGCAGGUACCUUACCAGCCAAUCUGGAGGAAAUGAAGGUGGCAGAAUUGAAAAUGGAGUUGAAGUUACGUGGCCUUCCUGUGUCUGGCACAAAAACCGACCUCAUCGAACGACUCAAGCCUUUCCAGGAGAGCUCUAGCGCUGCCGUGUGUUUGGGCUCCGGCCCAAACACACUGCCAACCAGCGGAACACCCAUGGAGGUGUCCACAACAACCUCAGCUGUCUCACCUGUCCAGCAGAGGGCAGCAGAGAGCAUGAGCUCCACGCCCCCAGUGUCUCCGGUCCCCUCAGAUCUCCAGAGCAGAGAGGACUCCAGGGGUGCGGAGGGCCAAGCCGAGGCCCAAGGCGGUGGCUCCGGCCAGGCGGUGCCUGAGGAAAAGGACAGGCGUUUGCAUGAAAAGGAGCGUCAGAUCGAGGAGCUGCUCCGGAAGCUGGAGCAGGAACAGCGUCUGGUGGAGGAGCUGAAGAUGCAAUUAGAGGUCGAGAAGAGGUGCGGGCAGAUAGCUUCGCCGGCAGAGAACGCCGCCGUCGCCACCUCCCCGAACUGUAGCAGCCUGGCCUCCGUGCUGGCCUCCGUGAAGACAGAGGGCGCUGCCUCGCCGAACUGCGUGUCGGGCGCCCAUACCUCCCCCACGGUGGUGAAACUGGAAGAUACCGCUUCCGCCCAAGUGACUGCUACACCUGUGCCCCAGUUCUUCAUCAGUCAUCAGGGUGUGUCCCAAGUUCUCGGGCAGCCCCAAACUGUCUUGACUGCUCAGCACGGUGGCACCCAGAUCCUGCUGCCGGUGUCCCUGCCCAACAACGCCACUACCAUCCAGCUGCCUAGCGCAAACGUCAAACUGCAGCCUGUGCUUCAGGCUGCAGUCUCUCAUCCAGGUCCAGGAAUUAUCCAGACCUCCACUGCUCAGCUCCAGCCUGCCAAAGCAGAGACUUCCUCCCCGCAGCAGCUCAUCGGUCACAACCACAUGAUGCAGACUCUACCUGUAUGUACCAACACUGGGUCCGGUUUCCAACAUCCCACCAAUGAGAACAAAGCAGGCCCUGACAUGCCUCAGUGUUUCCUCAGCAGCUCCCCAGAAAACAGAGCCUCAGCCGGGACCUCCCCAGGUCCAUCCAGCCUCGCCAACGGACCUCUGAACGUGUCCCCGUCGCAUCCCCCCCCCAGCUUCAUCCUGCAGCCCUCUGCCUUCAGCCAGGCUCCAAAGAACAAAGAGCCACCCCAGUAUGAGGAGGCGGUGAGGCAGAGACGCAGCCUGCAGAACCCUGCUGUCUCACAGGUUCCCACGGCGACGAGUCAGCAAAUGGAUGAUCUGUUUGACAUCCUCAUUGAAAGCGGAGAAAUCACUCCGUUUAGCCAGCAGGAUCCUUCUUCUGUCUCUAAGAUGAUGCCUGUUACUGCCAGCAUCACCACCCUGCCUGUCAACACAGUCCUGUCGCGACCCCCAGCCCAGGUGCAUACGGCCCCGCUGCCAGUGCUCAACGUGGAGCCAAUGCCCAGUCUGGCCUCCCUGGCCUCUGACAACCAGCUGGAGGCUCUUUUAGAGGGUACACUGGUGGGGGAGUCCGGGUCUGAGCCGCGGACUUUGGGCCUGCUGGAAGAGCUGCACAGCCAGCUCCUGGAUCAGCCCCACUCCCCUAUGGACACGUCGGAGCUGAGCUUCAGUGACCCUCCUGUCCCCUCUUCUUCCUCCUCGGCUUUCAGCCUGCAGGACGCAGGCCUGGACAAUAUGGAGUGGCUGGACAUCACCAUGCCUGGGCCCAUAGGAACACUAAACCCUCUGGGCAUCGCCUCAGACUUCUUGGACACACAAGAUCUUCAGCUGCACUGGGACUGAACCCCCUUCCUUGUUCAAA